UCCUGACACCAAUUCAGUGUUCUCACACACGCACUCGGUAUUAGUCAGGGAGAGGAGGAAAUUUACCAGCCCCAGGGACGGAAAGCAAGUCCCCCGACCGGACUGUGGCUGCGCUCACUGGGGAGAGGGGGAAAGGCUUUGGCUUAAAGGGGACGGGGACUGGCUGGAUUGUGCACACAAGGAGUGGCCCCCGGUGCUGAAGCGGGGCUUUCCGGAGCGGGCCGGCUGGUUGGUACUCCCUUCUGCCUUCCUCCCCCCAACCCUCCUCCCUCCCUCUCCGCGAGUGUGUAGUUUCCGCGGCUAGGCUGCUACCGCCGCCGCCGCCGCCACAAGCAGCAGCAGCUUCAGGGACGAGCUUGAGCCGCAAGCCAGCCAGCGAGCUCCCAGCAGCAGCCACCACUUUGGGCAAACUUGCGGGUUUCCGGCUCGCGGCUAGCGAGCGGGAGCUUCCUAUUUGCCAUUCAGCGUCUUUGAGCCUUGGCAGUCCAAGGGGCGGCGAGCGCGCCCGCACCAGACUCUCCCAGACGCAAAAGGGGACGAGACAACUGCGGAAUUCACCCGCCGUGCCAGGGCACUUCCGAGGCAACAACCGACUGGCACUUUUUCUCCCCUUGGCAAACUGGAUUUUUUUUUUUUUUCUUUUUCUUUUUAAGCUACUUGGCAGCUGUCUCUGACUCCACCUCCCGCUCACCCCUCCCCAGCGCCUUUGGCUUUUCUUCGGAAAUCCGGACAGAAUUGGGCAUCUUUGUUAAUUGCCGUUGGGGGAGCCCGGCCGGGGGCUUUCGCCAGGCCAACGUCGCCUGAGCACCGAGCCUGGUUUGCUCACCUUUGAACUGCAAAGGGAUCAAGUUCAGCUUGAGUUGGCAGCAUUGGGACUGGGAGGAAGGAGAGGGAGCGUGCAGGAGAGAGAGUGGGAGCAGGGGAAAGGGGAAAGGAGAGGAGGGAGGAGAGAGGAGGAGGGAGGAGAGAGAGGGAGGGAGGGGAGGGAUCGAGAGAGAGCGGGGAGAGAGCCUGCAAUCUCCUCCCUGAAUCGCGCACAGCGCUGCAGAUCCCAGUGCUCGGAAUUGCGGGCCGAAUGCAGGUGAGGAAAGGCACGGACUCUGCGGCUGCGAACCCAAACUUGGGCACCGCGCGGUGCGCACGGCUGGCUCAGCCUUCGCCCCCGCGGGCGAACGGCUGCUGCGGUUUCAGGCGGCGGCUUCGUGACUAAUGACCUUGCGCAGAGUUGUUAAGAAAAAAAGAGAAACCCGAGCUCUUGGGAGUGAGAAGGGACUGACUCUCUGGGCGUCUCUGAAGAUGGCUCGGGCUGCUCUUCGGCGCGCGGGGGGGACCCGGACGCGGACCGCUGUGUGACGCGAGUGGUCUCCACUGCACGGUGCCCGGAGCGACCUGCCAGGGAUUCUUCAUUCGCGAUCUGUUGACUGGCUCCCCCGCUGCCAGAGCGGAGUCAGAGUUCAGACUGGCUUGUUGCUGGCCCCAGCGCCUCGUGCAGGAAGCAACUCACGUUUGCCUGGGCAGCCGGAGCAGAAGCUGGGUCUGGAGUGAGUGGCUGCAACGUGGAUUGGACUCAACUCGAGUAGCAGCGAAGACGAACGGGGUUGGCAGGCGGGGGAGGCUGCAGGCUUGUUCCCCGCCGCUUCCCGGCUCCACCGCCCGCCUGCCGGAGCGGUUCCGGCCCCAUCCGACAGAGCGGGGACGGGAGCUCGGGAUCCUCCGCCCGCUGCGGGGAUGACUUUGGGGGGGCGCCGAGCCCGCGGCGCGCAGUGUCCCGUGAACUGUGAGUACUGCGACUGAACGGCGGCCGGCGAGCGGGCGAUUAGCACCCAUUGCAUGAAUUAUGGAACAAUAACUUUCAGAAGAAGCAGAAGGAGAAAAAAGAAGAAGAAGAAGGAUUUAUCGCUGGUCCCCCGGCCGACUCCGCACGGUGCUCUUGCCCCCCCCCCCUCCUUUCCCGGAGAGAGAAGAAGGUUGUGAGGAGGGCAGGCGGUCGGCCCCCUAGGAGGGGGGCGCCGAGGGGGCUGUGCUUAGAAGGAGCAGUAGCAGCAGCAGCAGGAGAAGAUGCUGAGGAUGCGGACCGCGGGAUGGGCGCGGGGCUGGUGCCUGGGCUGCUGUCUCCUCCUGCCGCUCUCGCUCAGCCUGGCGGCCGCCAAGCAGCUGCUCCGAUACCGGCUGGCCGAGGAGGGCCCAGCGGACGUCCGCAUCGGCAACGUCGCCUCGGACUUGGGCAUCGUGACCGGCUCGGGUGAGGUGACUUUCAGCCUCGAGUCGGGCUCGGAGUACCUGAAGAUCGACAACCUCACCGGCGAGCUGAGCACGAGCGAGCGGCGCAUCGACCGCGAGAAGCUGCCCCAGUGUCAGAUGAUCUUCGACGAGAACGAGUGCUUUCUGGACUUCGAAGUGUCGGUGAUCGGGCCCUCGCAGAGCUGGGUGGACCUGUUCGAGGGCCGGGUCAUCGUACUCGAUAUCAACGACAACACGCCCACCUUCCCGUCACCCGUGCUCACGCUCACGGUGGAGGAGAACAGGCCGGUGGGCACGCUCUACCUGCUACCCACCGCCACUGACCGUGACUUCGGCCGCAACGGCAUCGAGCGCUACGAGCUGCUCCAGGAGCCCGGGGGCGGGGGCGGCGGCGGCGGCGGCGGCGAGGGCCGGCGUGCUGGGCCCGCCGACAGCGCCCCCUACCCCGGGGGCGGCGGGAACGGCGGCUCGAGGAGGCGGCCGGACGCACCAGAGGGCGGCGGCGGGACCAACGCCGGUGGCCGCAGCGGCGUGUUCGAACUGCAGGUGGCCGACACCCCGGAUGGCGAGAAGCAGCCACAGCUGAUCGUGAAGGGGGCGCUGGAUCGGGAACAACGCGACUCCUACGAGCUGACCCUGCGGGUGCGCGACGGUGGCGACCCGCCUCGCUCCUCGCAGGCCAUCCUGAGGGUGCUCAUCACCGACGUGAACGACAACAGUCCCCGUUUCGAGAAGAGCGUGUACGAAGCUGACCUGGCCGAGAAUAGCGCCCCAGGGACUCCCAUCCUGCAGCUGCGUGCCGCCGACCUGGACGUGGGGGUCAACGGACAGAUCGAGUAUGUGUUCGGAGCGGCUACCGAAUCCGUGCGGCGGCUGCUGCGCCUGGACGAGACGUCCGGCUGGCUCAGUGUCCUGCACCGUAUCGACCGCGAGGAGGUGAACCAGCUGCGCUUCACCGUCAUGGCCCGCGACCGCGGGCAGCCCCCCAAGACCGACAAGGCCACGGUGGUCCUCAACAUCAAGGACGAGAACGAUAACGUUCCGUCCAUUGAAAUCCGCAAGAUCGGGCGUAUCCCACUCAAGGAUGGGGUGGCCAACGUGGCCGAGGAUGUUCUGGUCGACACCCCCAUUGCUCUGGUACAGGUGUCCGACCGAGACCAAGGCGAGAAUGGGGUAGUCACCUGCACCGUGGUGGGUGACGUGCCCUUCCAGCUCAAGCCGGCCAGCGACACAGAGGGCGACCAGAACAAGAAAAAGUACUUUCUGCACACCUCGGCCCCUUUGGACUAUGAGACCACCCGGGAAUUCAACGUGGUCAUUGUGGCGGUGGACUCGGGCAGCCCCAGCCUCUCCAGCAACAACUCCCUGGUUGUCAAGGUAGGAGACACCAAUGACAACCCGCCGGUCUUCGGCCAGUCCGUGGUGGAGGUUUACUUUCCAGAGAACAACAUCCCUGGGGAGAGGGUGGCCACGGUGCUGGCGACAGACGCGGACAGUGGGAAAAAUGCAGAGAUUGCCUACUCUCUGGAUUCCUCCGUGAUGGGGAUCUUUGCCAUCGAUCCUGAUUCUGGGGACAUCCUUGUCAAUACGGUGCUGGACCGAGAGCAGACAGACAGGUAUGAGUUUAAAGUUAAUGCCAAAGACAAAGGCAUCCCGGUGCUGCAGGGCAGCACCACGGUGAUUGUGCAGGUGGCUGACAAGAAUGACAAUGACCCUAAGUUUAUGCAGGACGUCUUUACCUUUUAUGUGAAAGAAAACUUGCAGCCCAACAGCCCGGUGGGGAUGGUCACGGUGAUGGAUGCAGACAAGGGGCGCAAUGCGGAGAUGAGCCUCUACAUAGAGGAAAACAGUAACAUUUUUUCCAUUGAAAACGACACAGGGACCAUUUACUCCACAAUGUCUUUUGACCGGGAACAUCAGACCACAUACACCUUCAGAGUCAAGGCUGUGGAUGGGGGGGAUCCUCCCAGAUCAGCCACAGCCACAGUCUCUCUCUUUGUGAUGGAUGAGAAUGACAAUGCUCCCACAGUUACCCUUCCCAGAAACAUUUCCUACACUUUACUGCCACCUUCAAGUAAUGUCAGGACAGUAGUAGCUACAGUGUUGGCAAGGGACAGUGAUGAGGGCAUCAAUGCAGACCUUAACUACAGCAUUGUGGGAGGGAAUCCCUUCAAGCUGUUUGAGAUUGAUUCCACCAGUGGUGUGGUUUCCUUAGUGGGAAAACUCACCCAAAAGCAUUAUGGCUUGCACAGGUUGGUGGUGCAAGUGAAUGACAGUGGACAGCCUUCCCAGUCCACCACGACUCUGGUGCAUGUGUUUGUCAAUGAAAGUGUUUCCAAUGCAACUGUGAUUGACUCCCAGAUAGCCAGAAGUUUGCACACCCCACUCACCCAGGACAUAGCUGGUGACCCAAGUUAUGAAAUUAGCAAACAGAGACUCAGUAUUGUCAUUGGGGUGGUUGCUGGAAUUAUGACAGUGAUUCUCAUCAUCUUAAUUGUAGUGAUGGCAAGGUACUGCCGGUCCAAAAAUAAAAAUGGCUAUGAAGCUGGCAAAAAAGAUCAUGAAGACUUUUUUACACCCCAGCAGCACGACAAAUCUAAAAAGCCUAAAAAGGACAAGAAAAACAAAAAGUCUAAGCAGCCUCUCUACAGCAGCAUUGUCACUGUAGAAGCUUCUAAGCCAAAUGGACAGAGGUAUGAUAGCGUCAAUGAGAAGCUGUCAGACAGCCCAAGCAUGGGGCGAUACCGAUCCGUUAAUGGGGGGCCCGGCAGUCCUGACCUGGCCAGGCAUUACAAAUCUAGUUCUCCGUUGCCUACUGUCCAGCUUCACCCCCAGUCACCAACUGCAGGAAAAAAACACCAGGCCGUACAAGAUCUACCACCAGCCAACACAUUUGUGGGAGCAGGAGACAACAUUUCAAUUGGAUCAGAUCACUGCUCUGAAUACAGCUGUCAAACCAAUAACAAGUACAGCAAACAGAUGCGUCUACAUCCAUACAUUACUGUGUUUGGCUGAAUUCCACUCUAAUAUGAUGCUCCAUUAUGCACCAUACUCUGAUGACCUUGCUACUCCGAAACCUGCUGGAGCCUGCCCUUGGCCGUGGGGUGUCAGCCAAUCACUGCUUGUUUCCCUUGUUGUGCAUUGGAUUUUCAAGGCUUUUUUUCCCCCCUCAUUUAAGGAAAAAUACUUUUGGAAUAAAUAAACUUAUAAAAGAAGCAGUAUUAAUAAAGAAAUGUGCUACUAAUGGAUGUCUAAAUCACCAGGGAUUCCAUUCUCAAAGAGGUGGUUAGCAGAAAUUAAAAAAAAAAAAAAAAAAAAAAAAAAAAUCCCAAGGCACAUUUCAACAAUAUUUUUGAGAUUCUAGCUUUGUGUGGACCCAGGAAAAUUAAGCCUAUUGAGCUUGGUCUGUAAUACCUUAAAUACCAACUUUUGAUAAAAUCCUAAGUUGAUCAAUAUUUUUAAAGGGCUAUGGAAUCACAGUCUUUUCCAGGCCAGUGAGAUAGUGUGUUAGAAUAAAAGAUAGCGUCUCCUGCUCAUUCUGUGUGUAUUUGUGCGUGCUCCUACACAUCUAUAUGCAAGGACUUUGAGCAAUAGUUAUGAAAAGUAUUGUUUGUAAAACAAAUUUGAGAGAAUGUUGUAUUAAGCAGUUACUGCCAAUGGACUGGUUUAUCCUUAAUCUUGAAAUAUUGACCAAAGAAUCUGUACUAGCUAGAGAAUUUUUAAGUUUUUGUUGUUAAAUUCCUUAAGAAAAUUUGCAAUCUUUCACUUAGAUUUCCUGAAGUCACUGUAGUAACAUUCAGAAGGAAUUUGUGGCUUCCUGCUUUUGUGGUACAUUUAUCUGAAGGCUAUUCUAUUUGAUGUCAGAUAACAUAAAUUCAGGCUGCUUCCGAGAAUUCAGAAUUUAGAUAUUGUUGAGAGAGAGAGUGGUUGAAUUUUAGUUGUGUAAAUAGUAUUCUAGGUAAGUCAGGGAAUCCACUGGAUGGUCCCUCUAGCUCUCUAUGUUUAUAUAUUUGUCUCUGUUUGUUGUAUGUGUUUUUGUGCCCAAACAUAAGUGUUCUGUGUGUGAAGUUUGAUAAAUUUAUAGUACAUUUACCAUAUCAUCUGCCCUACGAAGUUUUCCAAAAGUUUUAAAAUACUAAGAAUGCCAGAUUCCUGGGAUUUUUUUUUUUUUUGGUGAUUUAUUGUCAAUAUAAAAGCCCUUUAAUAAAAAUAAAUAAAUACUUGAAGAAUAUUGGGGCGCCUGGGUGGCUCAGUUGGUUUAGCAUCCAAAUCUUGGUUUUGGCUCAGGUCAUGACUCUGGGUCAUGAGUUGAGCCCCAUGUUGGGCUCCGCGCUGGGCAUGGAGCCUCCUUAGUUUCUCUCCCUCCCUCACCCUCUACCCCUCCACCACACACACACACACAACCUCUCUAAAAAACAAUAAUAAUAAAUAAAUAUUGGAAGAAUACUAAAAUGUAGAGUGAUAGGAAAUGUACUUUAACCCAUGUAAAUCUCUAAUGUAUAUAUUUCAAGAUUUUUAUUUUAUUAGCUGUUUAAUUUUGCAAAAAUGACAUUUUCAGAAAUAUUAUUGAAACUGUAGUGAAAUUCCUGAAUAAAACCUAAUUAUCCUCAAGUUCUCAAUUUGUUUUGAGCACAAAGACCAGUAUAAGAAGCUGGUGAAAGAACAGUUACCACUUCCUGGUUCUUGAAAAUGUCAUGUUUCCUCAUCAAAAAUAGUAAACUUCCUUAGGUAUACUUAAAGUGUGAAUCCUGUAACAAAUCAUAUCAAUUCGAAAACAAAGUAUAGAGGAAAGAAGUCCAGAAUUUUGGGAUAAUCUAACUGCAACCACAUAAAGAGGAUAUACAUAAAAACUUUCACAAAGAACAUUCUAAGGCAGCCUUUUGAAAACUUGAGUUGCAACACAUUUUUGAGGCAUGAAUCAAUUUAGUGCAUCUCUACCACAAUUAGAAAGAUGUGAAAUAAAACACAACCAUUCCAAGUACAUCACCCAUAUAGUAAGAGUAAAUGUUGUGUGCAAUCCUUAUUUCAGUUGUGUAUAUGUGUUCCUGUUCUUGGUUGCCAUGGAAAAAAUGUGUUUUGUUGUGGAAGCAGUUGAAAAGGGUUCAGAACCACUGAUGCAGUUUGUUUGGGUGAGAAACUAUGGCUAUUAUUGGAAAAACAUAAUAAAGCAAAACAAAAAAAUAACACUCCCAAAGAUUUUAGUGUACUAUUGAGCUGAAUCAGAAUCAUCAACAGCAUACCAUUCCAGAAGCAUUCAUCAACCAGCAAAAAGCUUGAGAGAAGCCUAUGAUCAUUUCUCUGUGUGUGUUUGUGUGUGUGUUUUAAUCUUUGAACAUGUCAUCAUUGGUUCUUAUUUUGCACAAAUUUCCUCUUUCUCCACCUUUCUUGCUCCCAGUCGUCAUCCACCUUGGUUCUCUUGAUCAGCCUCCUUUGUGAUUACUGGAAUUUACCAUGUAGGGAGGUGCCUGGGGACAGAUGGAAACAGACUGAGAACAAACUACCUGAUACCCUAUAAAUUUCAGCAUUGGGAUAUUUUGUUUUAAAUGAUAAGAUAAUAUUUUAUUUUCCAUCACAAAAUCUAAAGAAGAAAAUGAGAAUGUUAGAGACUGGUUUAAUCACUUUUAACACAUCUAAUAUCAGCACUGGUACUGGCUAUGCAAAAAAUAAUAAAAUAGAGUCUUUAUCCUCAUGAAAUUAAUAUAUUAUAAAGAAGAUUAUGGAGCAGAAAAUGAUAGAUUAUAUUUGCAUCAUGCUUCUUAAAUUUCAAAGCGUUGAAUGCUAUGUUUGCUCAUUUGCUCCUUGGAACAAUCUGUGAGGAAAAGCACCAUUGUUAUUUCUGAGGUGAGGAAACUGAAACAAGGAACAAUUUAUUUAUGACUGAUGGAACUAGCCUAAGAACUUUAUAAGUCUUUGAAGAAAUACCAGGUCGGAAUUCAAGUGUACUGCGAGCACUUGGGGAAAGUUGUGAAAUCUGUGCUUUUGAAUACAGUCUGUUUUCUGAUUUAUCUGGGCAAAAUCACUUCAGAAGAAUUCCUUAGAACAUGCCCCAGGUUGUCAAACAUUUUUGCAGUCAUAAACUGCAAUUAAUACUACCAAAAACAGAACAAAAAACAAAAAGGCUGUGGGUAUAAUGUGCAGAUCUAAUUAAUUAACUGGAUUUGUAAACACCAUAUGUGAUUUAAAACAAACAAACACCUUAAGAAUUGAGUAAGUCACUUUAAGCCUAACUAUAUUUUUGAGGCUAUCUCUAGAAAAAUCCAAGGCCCUUAAGAAGUAAAUCCACAGUUUGAAAUAUGUCUCUGGGAAUAAUUUUCAAUCUAUAACUUUGCAAAACACUUUUCUUGGAUGUGUGUGAUUUUUUUCCAUUCCUUUUAUAGAGAUUGUAUUAAUUUGCUGAAUCUUUAAUACACAGUGCAAGGCUUUGGCAUAUAAUUAAAACGAUGGCUAGAACAAGUCUCUACAUAGAUAGGCAGUGCAAAAAUAAGCAAGGUAGGCAAGGUAUAUACAUGAAACUCACAGGGACUGCCUCCAAAUCUGUUUGGUCUAUCAUGGUAUUCCCAGUGCCUAGUAGAGUGCCUAACACAUAGGAGACACUCAUAAAUAUUUGUUGAACAAACAAAGGGCUUGGGCUUUGAUGCUAGAUAUCCUGAAGGUCCUUCAUAUUGGAUUACUGGACUAUGGUAUGUCCACUUUUAUAUCAGACUCUGAGUGUCCCAAUUGUUAUUUUCUUUCCCUGCUGGGUGGACUUCUCCAUGAUAAAAGGCUACCUGCUGGGCUGGCUAGAGUCCCUGCCUUCUCUGUGUGGGUCUGACUCUCAUUUCAGUAGCAAAUGAGGAAUACUCUCAUUUUCUCUCCUUCCUCCUUGGUGGUGGUAUCAACACCAAACCCUUAAAAAAGAUAAAAUUAAACUAUUAAGUGAAUAGGCAAAGCAAAUAAGGGAGGCACUUGGUCACCCAGUAGAGUUCUGAUAUAUUCUGAAGGGGUAUGAAGAAACAUGCAAACUUGCUGGUUUUCAGUAUUUUUCUUGUGAUCCUUAUUCUCAUCUGGUACAGAUUCUUAUCUUUAUCAUUAUCCCUUUCCUUAUGGAAAAAAUAGAUACGUAUAUGUCCAAGCAUAGGCAUGAGUGUCUGUAUUUGUCACUUUAUAUGUUCUUGCAGUUAUUAUUCAUUCACUGUACCAAUGCAUGCUCACCGAUAAAGUAUAAGUUUCCAUUUUUAUUUUGAAAGCCCAUGGUGAGCGUCACUUUUAAAGGUGAGAGCCUGGAAUAUCUGUAAAGAGAAACAUGCACUUAGUUUACUAAGGAAAGAGGUCUAGAAGAGAGAAUAUGCUCUUGGAGUGAUGAGCAGUGAAGUGGGAGCUGAGAAAUGUCUUACAACUACUUAGUGUUGAAUCAGUAUGUGGUACACAUGAAACUAAUGUAACAUUGUGUGUCAGCUCUACUCAAAAAAAAAAAAAAAAAAAAAUACUCCUUAGGAGCCCAUAUUCUAAGGAGCACUCUUAAAUUGCAAGUGCAAAUUGCAAAUGACUUCUGAAGGAGUUGGGUUUAGUCUUUGGCGCACCCUGGUGUAAAUUGCUUUAAGCAGAUAACUAGGUCAGCACCUCACAAGAUCAACAGUCCUGAAGAAAUGAAGAUUCUGCUUAGGGCCUUAGGGGAAGGAUGAGUAGCCUGCAGUAGUUUUAAAGACUAGAACUCUGUUAAGGCACCAAGUGUCUCCAACUUGAGCUAGGCAUCCAGGAUGUAAUGAGAUUAUAUCAGAAAAAGGAGUUUCAGGUCUGACAAAAGCAAAUGUUUGUGGCCUUGAAUUUUGGCCCGAGGCCCCAGUAACCAUAAGAACGGUACCUGGCUUGAUAUGAUUGCAAGAUUAGUGUCAAAAACUAGUAAACACCCACUUCCUGCCAUUUAGACCAGGUGUUUCGGUUUGGUUUGGGUUUUGUUUUUAGUCUGGAAUAUCAUGUCCAACUGCUCUGUUUCCAUUCAUUUUCUGCUCCCAUACUUUUGAGAGAAAGAUAGGAACAAAGAAGUAAAAAAGGAAAAAAAGAAAAGCGCACAACCACUGCAUUAGCAACAUAUUCACCUUCUCCCUCGCAUUAUUAUUAGACUACUAUAAUUAAAAAAGUGGCCACAUUAUUGCCAUGUAGUUGAUUCUUGUCCUAAUUUCAUUCAAUUCUCAGAAAUUGAAUUCUAGUAGGUCUGCACUAUAGCCUAGAAACCUGAAUUGUUAACACUGCCCCCUUCUCAGUUCUGAUUACAGAUGGUAGGUCAGGCUACAACAGUUCUGGGUGGGAUCCCCUGAAAUUCCUAACUUCUGUUCGAUAGUUCACUUCUCGAAGGCCUCUGGUAAAAUAGAAAAUGAGCUGGAUAAGACAAUCUGAACAUCUGCCUUCUUGUCCUGGUUCUGUCACUGAUUGGCCAGUGUGACCUUGUGUAAGUCCUUUCGAGUCCGGAAGCCUGUGGAAACCAUCCUCUGUCAUUUUACGUAACAACCCCCGCUCUGAGUACAUGACAGGGUUUAUGGGGGGGUCACACAAAACAAUUGGGGCUUUGUCAAGCAUUGCCACAAUUUAAGAUAAUAUUUCUGGUCAUCCAUAAAUUUUUCUAAGCCUUCUUAAGAUGCAUUUACACGUUCGGCAUACUUUCACUACCCAUUAUAUUAAAAAGUUUCUUCGUUUUGUUUUUUUUCCUUUGGGGGGGGGCAUUUGUUUUAAUUUGUCCUACUGCUUAUUUGAAGCAUCUGCUAUUCUCUUUUCCUGAUUCAUUUCUUCAAAGUGACGCUGAUCCCUGAUUAAGCUGCAACAGGUGUGUCUCUGCCUACAGCAACAGGUCCUAGUUAUUAUCAGAAAGACUUUCGGUGCCUGUUGAUGUCUCGAUAGUGAAGGAGAAGAAAGAGCUCACUGCUGUAAAGCAAGUGGUUUAGGAACGGCUUGUAACAGUUUGAUAUCUUUUUUUUUUUUUUUAAAGUCAUUUUCUUCUGAUCCUUAGAGGUACUGGUUGGUCUUUUUUUUUUUUUUUAAUUUUUAUUUAUUUAUUCAUGAGAGACAGAGAGAGAGAGGCAGAGGGAGAAGCAGGCUCCCUGCGGAGCCAGGAGCGGGACGUCUGGCUCGAUCCCAGGACCCUGGGAUCAUGACCUGAGCCGAAGGCAGACGCUUAACCAUCUGAGCCACCCAGGCACCCGUAACAGUUUGAUAUCUUAUAUCAUCCAUUUUGACACUUAAAAAAUUCCAUCGUUUUUUCAGUUAUUUCUUCUUCCGUGCAAUCUUUCCUGGGAAUUUUUGUUUCACACAUCAUGACUAGUCUCUAAGAGCCAUCAGUUACUGAGCUUUUAUUCUGCGACAAUCACUCUGCUAAGGGGUGUACUACAUUAUAGUAUUUACUCCUUUCUAGCAACUCCAAGAGGCGGGUCUUAUUAUUAUCUCCAUGUGACAUAUGUAACUGGGGAAAAGCAAAACAGAAUCUCUCCUAGAUCCCAUCCAUCUCCAUAUAACAGGGUCCACUAACUCCCUAUAGUCGUCUCCCCUCCAACGUACUUCUCUCACCAAAUCUGAGAAUUUUUAUUAGUGUGGUGGUAUCCCUGAUAGAUUUUAAUUUACAUAUUUACAUAUUUAGCAUAGUAUCCCUGAUAGAUUUUAAUUUACAUAGGUUGCAGUAUGCAUUUUAUUCUAGCCCACAAUACCUCCUAUGUAUUCUUAGCAGGUUUAAAAGAGAAUCAGUAUCAGCUUGCUGGUGCUGCCAUAGCAAAAUACUAGAGACUGGAUGGCUUGAGUAACAGAAGUUUAUUUUCUCGCAGUUCUGAACACCGGAAGUCCCAGAUCAAGGUGCUGGCAAAUUUCGUUUGUGAUGAAGACUCUCUUCCUGGUUGUAGGCAGCUAUCUGCUCAAUGUGUCCUCAAAUGGCCUUCUCCCUUCCUCUUUCUAAGGACACCAGUUCUAAUAGAUCAGGGCCUCACCUUCUGACUUCUUUCAACCAAAUUACCUCCAUAAAGGCUAUAGCUCCAGAUCAGUCACAUUGGGGUUUGGAGCCUCAGCAUAUGAAUUUUAGGGGGAUACAACUGAAGUUCAUUUUUUAGCUUAUUAACUCUAAAUUUUAUGCACAUCAUUGAAUGCUUCCUGCAAUUGUCAGCCUUCACAGGGGUUUGUGAUAUAAAGUAGCAUCUUAGUUAUUUUAAUUUUGCCAACCAAUAAGUGCAUCUAAGUAUAUUAAUUAAUAUAAAAUCAAUCUUUAUAUAAAAUAGUCCAAGAAGUUUUCCACAAAUGUAGGAGGUCUUUUUAAAUGAUGAUAGUAAUAUGUAGUCUUACAUUUCUAGGAUAUUUUCAGCAUUAAGAUCCAAAGGAAAAGCAGUAGGAGUUAAGUGGGGAAAGAGUCAGUUGACACUAUAAUAAUGUAGGUUUAAUAAUCCCUCUUUUCUAAGGACAGUCUCAGUGGAUUUUCAUGCACAGUGGUUUAAUUGGUCUGACAAAGAUCCAGUGGGUCUGAGUUCUCAUGGCAUAUGGAAACUGCCAAAAUGUACUGAAGCUGGUACCAUACUCUGAGUGACUCUUCACCAACUAUUGAUAUAUAUGCAUUCAAUACACUGCAUCAUUACACGAAUCCACGGACACAUUGAGGAUUUUUUUUUACUGUGCCUUUUUAUUUGCUUCAUAAGGUUAAAAAUUCAUGUGAUAAAAUAUGUAAUGAGCAGCCUAGGAACUAUAUAUAUGUCCAGUGGGAUGUAGGAAGUGGUGAUUUUGUUAGGGUAAUACAGAGUAAACUCAUCAAAAGUCAGGAAGAGGAACUCCUUCUUUUCUGCCCUUUGGUCAGAAUUUCUAGGCAAUGGACCAUGACAGCUGAAUAGACUUUUUCUAAGAAUUACCUUUCUAAGCUUCUAGAGCUAAUUUUACAUUUGACCUCCUAUAUUAAAAAUGGCAGAUUAAUCAGUUCUUUUUUUUUCAAGGAAAUGACAAUAAUCGUGGCAUCAACUUAAAGGUUUUUUUUUUUUUUUUUUUUUUAAUUGCAUCUGAAUCUGCUUUUCGUUGCAUUUAACUGUUGAACACAAGGAUCGAUUUUAGAUACAGAUGGCAUGUCUAUACGGCAUUAGGAACAAAAGAUGGUAAUACCUAUUUUUUCCAAACCAGUGCACAUUCUAUUAGGUCAGGAACAUUUAAUUUACUUUAUUACUAAAACUUCUUGCCUUUUUCUCUAAUGUUUUACCUUUAAUAAGAAACUAGUGUCUGUGCGUGUACAUGUAUGUAUAAUAUGUAUAUGCAUUUAUAUAUGUACAGACACAGAGGUGAUACAGUUACCAUUUCAGAGCAAACAAUGAAUGAGUGAUUAUUGUAUGCCAAUUAUGUAAUUGUGGGCAAAGCAUUGUUCUAAACACUAGAGAAGCAACAACAGUGAAGACAGAUAACAAUCUCUCCCCAUUGAAAUUCCAUUUCAGCGGGGUAAUGCAUAAAUAAUAAUAGCUAAACUUAUAUUACAUGCCAUAUCCUAUGCACUGGUCAACAUAUUUUACUUAUAUUAACUCAUUAAAUAGGUACAACUACCCUGUGAAAUAGAGCUAAUUAUCAUUAGUUUGUAGAUGUGGCAAGUGAUGCACAGCAGGGUUGAGUAAUUGCUCAUGAUCAACACAAUUUGUAAAGUGGCCGAGCAGAGGGUCAAAUACAGGGGCCACACCCUCAACCACUGUGUAUAUGCGAAGUGGACAGAACAUGUCUAAUUUAUAGUCAACUAGUUCUAGGAGAAUGAAAUUGGAUUCACGUAUUUCUCUUAAAGGCUUCAGUGAUGUUUCAACUGUCCUAUCUUAAUAUCUUUUAUACUCUGUUCUUGAAAUUAGGGCACUCAGUCCAAUUUUUUUUUAAUAGUACCAUCGUAAACCUUAAUCAAAGUUAAAAUCAAAAGAUGGGAAGGUAGAUUUUAGACUAGUAGGCACUUCCUCCUUCUACCCACUCUCUGCUCUUGGGAACACCUCAUUAAUAUGUUUUCCUUUUUUGUCAUUUACCUUAGUAUUCUUUACUUCACUCAGUAUUCACAUAGUCUGUUAUGUAUAUUAUUAAUACAAGUAAGAAACAUAAAUUCAUUAUUUUUAUAAAUUGCCAUUUUAUUUAGGAUAGGAAAUGCCUUUUUAUAGAGAAUAAAAGUUUACCUAGAAGAUUUUUAAAACAUACAUUUUAUUUACCUUUUACCAGAAAGAAAAUACAUGUUUUUCUUUUUGUUUUCUGGUUUUUGGUUUCUAAAUAUUCACAACAUUUGAAAGAAAGCAAAGUAAUAGUGAAUUCCUUAUAAAAAUUUUUUUUGUAAUUUAUUCUGGUUUUCCUCAAAUUAGUUGCUCAUUAUUAAACAUUCAAUUAAAAUGUGACCUGUAUCAUGUCAUAGUUUUCCUCUUAAAAUAUAAUAUUAUUCUAUUUCUUUAUGAGACAUGUUUUCAGUCCCCUAAAAUGUGAAUGAGUACAACCAAAGCCCAUUUGAAAUACAUUCCUUAUAAAAAUAAUGAUUUACUAAUUUUUUGCUAUGACAGCAUUUUCUUAAUGUGUUGAUGACACUUUUUAUUAUACAAUGUUUAUUCAACUGAAUAAAUGUCUCUGAACAUGUACCUUUGUAAUACAACUCUGGGUUCUGUUAUGUAGUAAUUUUGUAUCUUAUGCUCUGAAAUGAUCUUUGUAUACUACUGGAAUGAUUUAAACUUUUUAAGCUUUAAAACUAUUGAAUCAAAUUGUUGAGGUGGUUGUUUCCACCCUCCACUUAAAAAUUUGUAGAAUUUUGUUUCAUUAAUAAUAGGUAUUCAAAAUAUUGCCAGCAUUGCAGUUAUUUCCAACUAAUGGAAAGAAAGUAGGAUAAAAUGGUAAGGAAUCCACCUCCUCUCCUCCGGGCCUUACUUGAAUUCUUACGGAACCCAACAGACCACCUCUUUAACAUUCUCUUAAAAGUUUCACUCCCGUUUGGAAACAACCAUCUUAAAGCCAAACUACUCUGGAAAUUAGUCAUUGUUUAUUAUUGGCUUACUAAAUGCAGGCAUCUUUAAUAUAUUCUAAAAUGACUACAUCAGUACAGUAUAAGUAAAGUAGAUACCGUUUGGUUUGAGCUGGAAAGCUGUUUCAGAUUUAGCGUCUGAAUAUGGGCAAUCAGUUAUGAAAUCUGUAAACAUCAAUGUAGAUAUUGGUACACUUUCAGGGAGGGAAAACAGAAGGAAAAAAAGUGUGUUUUGCAUAACCACAUUACAAGAACCUAGUGAAAUUCUGCGUAUAUUAUUAUCACUCUAAAAAGUGAUUCCUGGAUACACCUUGUGAGUUGUGUUGUUUUUUCUAUUCACAUAGGUAAGUGGGGAUUGUGUUGAAUAUUCAGUAAUAAAUAGCAUGAAUACCUACUUUAAACAGUAAGCAAGUAAUAAUAAUGCGUGCUUAUGUAUCCUUGAGAAUUCGCUGCUAUGAAUUUUGAACUUUUUGAUUUUUUUUUUUUUUUUUGUAAAACAAGACAGUUGUUGCUACAGCACGAGGCAGGGACUCCUAAUGGCAAAGAAACAUUUAUAAUCAUGUAACUGCUCUGUUUAAGCCUGAGAAGUUGUUUAAUGAAGACCUUUGUUUUCCUGUAUGUUUAUGCUUUUAAAUAUUACAUAUAAUAUUGUUUGCUAAUCAUUAGAGGAUGUGACAUCCUUAAGGGACGUAAAGUGUCCCCACUGUGUCACAUUACAGUUGACAGUGGAUGUGCAAUAUGAAGGAAGAACAGAUAUGGCUUAUAAAAUAAAUUCACUCGUACAUAGUACUUUUAUCAUCUGUAUAAAUAUGUCUGUCUGCCUUUCUCUUCUCUACAUCAGCAAUGCUCAGUUCUACAUUUCAGACCACAGAGCCUCCGUGCAAAGAAAAGGACAGUGAUUUGUGUGAAGCCUACACAAAGGAAAUCCAGCCACAUUUCUAGUCCUCAAUUAUUGUGUCCUGCAUGCUUGUGCAACUUACCUUGUGUUCACAGUUGACCUGUGUGGUGCUUUUUGGAUUUGUAGCAUUAGUAAGAGCGCUGCCAUUUGAGUUGUGAAUUUAGUUUUGCUUUUGUUAAGCGUCAGAAAGAAAGAAACUAUUCAUCACAUUCUGCUUCCUAUAAAGAGAUGUUGAAAUGCAGAAAGAUCCUCACAUCUAAAAGCAUGCCUUACCAUACAAUAUGCCUCUGCAUUAGUAGCUACAAUCUGGCUGAGAGGCAGAUGCAGGUUUUAUAAGAUUUAUUUUGGUCUUAAUCUCUGAAGUGGAGUAGAUCACUCAACUUUUCUUUAUCUCAUGUUUCUAACUUAUUUGUCUCUUCAUGGGAAAGGUAAGAAGCUGUAAAAAUCAAACAGUGAAUCAUUGGCUAUUGGAUGAAUGUAAUUUUUAUUACAUAUUAUGGUAAACAAUCUUUGGGGAGGAUGGAGGGAGAUUAAGCAAAAAUGAAGUGAUGGUGCUAAAAACUGCAGCCAACAUAUUUUCUUAGAAGAAUUAGUGUUGUUGUUUUUUUUAAGAGUAUCUUCUUAUCAAAUAUAAGCGUUAUGUUGUCAUUUUAUUCCUAGCACUCAUCUGCAAGAGAAUUGAAGACAUAUUAUUUUAUCACUUUUAGUAAAAGCAAAAAAUGUCUUAUUGAAGACAGGAAAAGAAACAUACUUCAGAACUGGAGAGGAAAGUCUCAAGUUACAAAAAGAAAAAUAAAAGGAGGGUUUUGUUCAAGGGGCCAAAAAAUUAUUUGGCUGAUAUUUUUUUUUUUUUCUCAUUUAAGCUGGUUUCUUACUGGGGCUGUUUUUUUGAAUAGUUGAAAAAAAUGGGUGGGGGGGAAGUUUUUCAUCAAAGGCAAAAGAUAGUAAAAAAUAAAAGUACUAAGGGAAUACAGAUAGGAAGCUGUAUCUUUUCUGUACUUUCAUGAUUGCCUACAUUGCCCCCCUAAACUUAUAAUUGAAAAGCUCUGAAAAAAAUUUCAAGCUUUGAGGAAAGUGCUAGAGGGUAAAAGAUAACAUUCUGUGAUCCUUCAACCCUCCAUUCUCUCAAUCUCUCUCUUUCACACACACACAGGAGUGCACGUUUGCAUACCCUCACAAAGUCAAACUAUUUUGUUUUUAAAUUAGUCACACAUUUAUCUUUGCAAACUAAUAAUAAUAAUCAGUUCAGUGAGCAUGAAAUUUUGGAGGCAUACUGGCAUUUUUGAAAGCUGCUUUUAGAAAACUUAUUAACCAUCUCACUAGGUUUCAAGUUGUGGAGGGAGAUUGCUAGAAUAAUGAUAGUGAAGCGGACAUUCUGCGUUCGACAGUCUCCUAGAAGACACUGGACUAUAGGCAAUCCUUGUCUCCCUCGAUCCUUCAGGAUCCUCUACAGCAGAGUCAGUUUAAGAUAUCUGAGGUGUUGCUCUUUUCUUUCCGCAGUGGCAUCCUGUAAGCUUUUACACUUGCUCUAUCUUCAUUUUUCCCGCCAAGCAGGCUGAGUUUUCUCACUGUCUCAGAGGAAGUCAGAUGUCAGUGAGUACCAAGCGGAGAAGUGAUAAGAAUAUUUUAAACACUGAAUUUUUUUUUUUUUUUUAAUUUUUGUAUCUCAGUCACACUGAGAAAGCUACAAAGGACUAACAAAUUUGGGAUUUCCAAUAUGCCUUGAUGGCGUAACUACAAAUUAUUAAAAGCAAAGGUAGAACUCAAAGUUUGCCUAAGAUGUGUUCCUACCAACCUAUAUGAUCCUGAAUCAGGAAAGACCUUAAGUAAGACAACUGGAGGUUACGUGUCCAAGUGAGUCUUCUUCAUUCAUUUAUUUAAUGCCCGAUUAUUGAUGUCCCAUUGUAUUUGGAAUGUAAGGCAGAGGCUCAGAGUCUUGUGGAGAAGACAGACUGGCAAAGGAAUAAUUAUACUGUAGUAUGGUUAAGGGUUAUGAGAGGAGCUAUACGUACCCUGGGAAGGAUUUAGUGAUUCCUAGGGAGGCUGGCAAUUGACAAUUACCACACAAGGAAGUUAUAAUGUGGCUUUAAUUUAUUUCUUCUGUAUCAGUCUUGCAACCUUGGCCAUAGGGCAUUAACUAUUCUCAUUGGAUCGGAAUUGGAAUGUAUUUUCUCCACACCCCAUCCUCCUUUACAUUUCAACAGGUUUUUGCUUUUUAUGCAUCUCUAAUGGAUUUUUUUCUUUGACUGUUAAAAUUAGAACCACUUAAUGAGCAAUUCAGUUAGCCUCACUGCUUUUUAGCCAUUCUGUGAU